AUGAAGGACGAAUUCUUUCCUGCAGACCUCCUACUGCUUUCUUCCAGUUACGAGGAUGCAUUCUGCUAUGUUGAGACCAUGAACUUGGAUGGGGAGACAAAUUUGAAAUUAAAACAAGGGUUGGAAGUAACUUCUUCCUUACAUGAGGACUUUCAAUUCAGUGAUUUUCAAGCAGCAAUCAAAUGUGAAGACCCAAAUGUGAAGACCCAAAUGCAAAUUUCUCCCCUGCAACUUCUUCUGAGAGACUCUAAACUUCGUAACACAGACUACAUAUUUGGAGCUGUCAUCUUCACUGGUCAUGACACAAAGGUCAUUCAGAAUUCCACUGAUGCUCCUUCAAAGAGAACCAAGGUUGAGAAGAAGAUGGAUAGGGUUGUCUACUUCAUGUUUUGUAUUGUGUUUCUAAUGGCAUUUGUUGGAUCGAUUUUCUUUGGCAUCACAACUAAAGAUGACUUGGACAAUGGAUUGAUGAAAAGGUGGUACCUAAGACCAGACGACUCUACAAUUUUCUUUGAUCCUAAAAGAGCACUAGCUGCUGCUAUAUUUCAUUUUUUUAGAGCCUUAAUGUUAUAUGGUUUCUUCAUUCCCAUCUCAUUGUAUGUUUCAAUAGAAAUUGUUAAAGUCCUUCAGAGCAUCUUCAUAAAUCAAGAUAUCCAUAUGUACUAUGAAGAUGCAGACAAACCUUCUUAUGCCCGAACUUCAAACUUGAAUGAGGAAUUUGGUCAAGUUGAUACAAUACUUUCUGAUAAAACUGGAACUCUGACCUGCAACACGAUGGAGUUCAUCAAAUGUUCCAUUGCUGGGGUAGCUUAUGGCCGUGGAGUUACAGAGGUUGAGAGGUCAUUGGAUAGCAAAAAUGGUUCUACUUUGAUUGACGACACAAGGGAUUCUCCUGUCAGAAAUGUUCCCAUCAAAGGAUUUAACUUUACAGAUGAAAGGAUAAUGAAUGGAAAAUGGGUCAAUGAGCCUUAUGCUAAUGUUAUUAAGAAUUUUUUUCACUUAUUGGCAAUCUGCCAUACAGCCCUACCAGAAGUUGAUGAAGAUACAGGACAUGUCUCAUAUGAAAGUGAAUCCCCAGAUGAAUUGGCAUUUGUGAUUGCAGCGAGAGAAAUUGGUUUCAAAUUCUAUAAAAGGACUCAGGACUAG